UCUAUAAACUUCAAAAAGACACUGACAAAAGCACGGACUCGCUUAAAAUAACACAAACCAUUCAGCACACAUUGUUAUGGAGUGAAAUUUUAUUUAUUUAACUUUAUUUAAUCAUGCAAUGAGCUGAAAAUAUAUCAGUAAGCACUGUUACAAGCAAACAAUAAGCAUAUUGUUCCAGCAAUCAUUGUCCUUUUCUCGGCAGCUUCAGAUUUAUGUUUCCCAAUCUUGCGGAACAGAAUCUCUGUAUUUGGAUCAAUUCUGGAAACUGUGGAGUUCUUGAGAUGCUAGACUAAAUCUCAAACAGAACAUGGUAAACCGGAGGACGGCACGUCUUGAUUUGCUCGCAUUGACAUUUGUGGUGUUUUUAACACUUUCGAAAGGAUUUGAUACCACAACUGGAAGGCAUGUCAGCCGCACCGCAGUGUACGAGAUACAGCGCGUGCAUUGGAAAACGGAGACUAAGAACCAGCGCGCGACUGCGGAUUUGCAGGUUUAUCACCCGCAGCGGAGUGCGCCUGUCAAGUCAACGCUAAAACGCAAGUCACUGAAAUCAAAACUGCUAGCAAAAGCGAAUAAGCUGGGAACAAAUACGACAAUAACUAUUGAUUUAAAUGGACCCAACGUGUGUGGAAACAGAUGCUGCACCGGGUGGACUGCGGCUCUUAAGACAAAGAAAUGUACCAAGCCCAGGUGCUUUCCACGGUGUCAGAAUGGAGCGAUCUGCAGGCAUCCCAACACCUGCGUGUGUCGGCGGGGCUUCCACGGAUCCAGGUGUGAGCUCGCUGCUGUGACCCAUGCCCCCACCAUCGAGGUCCACCCGCGCCCCACCAGCACGCCCGCCACCCCUGUUACCACUCCCGCACGCCUGUGGACUAAUGGAGCAGGUGCCUGGGCUUCCCGGAUCCCCCCAACCUCCGCCCCCAGGCCUAGCUCCACUGCCGGUCCAACCUCCGCCCCCAGGCCUAGCUCCACUGCCGGUCCAAGCUCCACUUCCAGGCCUAGCUCCAUUGCCAGUCCAAGCUCCACUUCCGGUCCAACCUCCGCCCCCAGGCCUAGCUCCACUGCCGGUCCAACCUCCGCCCCCAGGCCUAGCUCCACUGCCGGUCCAAGCUCCACUUCCAGGCCUAGCUCCAUUGCCAGUCCCAGCUCCGCCCCCAGGCCUAGCUCCACCGCCGGUCCCAGCUCCGCCCCCAGGCCUAGCUCCACCGCCGGUCCCAGCUUUGCCCCCAGGCCAAGCUCCACCCUCAAGCCGGGUCCAAAGACACAGCAGGCUCUGCGUUGGCUGCCACUCACGUUAAGAGAGGCGCAGUCAGUGCUGCUGAAGAAGGCUCUGGCCAAUCGCGGACAGGGAGAGAAGAUGACCUCCCUCCUGCUGAAGCAUGUUGAGGCCGAGCGUGAGAAGCUCCACUCCCUUUUGGGGACCCAGACAUCCAGCGUCAAGACCAUCCACACCCAGCGCGGCCAGUACACCAUCCACGUGAUCGCCACACCAGCCGACAACCAGACCGCCGGCGGAGGAAGAGGAGGAGGGGGAGGAGGAGGAGGAGGAGGAGGAAGGGGGCUGCGAGGAGCCGAGCGCAUCAAGGUGCUCUUCACCCCCACCGUCUGCAAGGUGCGCUGCACCCAGGACCGCUGCACCAACUUCUGCGAGCGGGGCAACGUGACCACCCUGUACAGCAGCGGCGAGCAGGGGGGCCCUCUCGUCCCGGGACCCGGCUUCAGAGUCUUUCUAUGCCCCCUGCUGUGUCGGAACGGGGGCGUCUGCAUCCAGAAAGACCGCUGCCUGUGCCCGCCCAACUUUACCGGAAAGUUCUGCCACAUCCCGGUCACCGGGUCCUCCACCAAUGACAUCGAGAAGCCGCCACCCGGCCCCUCCGUGGCGGCCAAUCAGGCGGUGCUGAGGCAUUCGGAGUUCAUCCUCCCCCUGCAGAGCCAGUCGCACCCCCAGGCCAGUGCCUCGGGGACGUCCAUGGUGAAGGUGCGGGUGCAGCACCCCCCGGAGGCCACGGUCAAGAUCCACCAGGUGGUGAAGGUGGGGUACGGGCCCACGGUGAGGGAGCAGUCCGAGACGGUCACCUGGUCAGCCGGGCUCUCGGGGACCCGGAACACCGUGCAGCCGGGCCAGAGGGCGGAGGCCCCGCCCCCGCAGGUCCAGGCCCAGACCAUCCGCGGGGACUCCGUCUACACGGAGUCAUCCGGCUUCAAGUACUGCUUCCGGGAGGUCCGCAAUGGCCAGUGCAGCUCCCCCCUCCCAGGGCUGAGGAGCCAGGAGACCUGCUGUCGAGGGGCGGGACUGGCCUGGGGAAUCAACGAAUGCACCUUGUGCCCCUCUAAAACAGCAAACAGUGCCAACGGAGAGAGGAGCUGCCCCAGCGGAUUCGAGCGCAACGGCACUCAGUGCGUGGAUAUUAAUGAGUGUUUGCAGCCUGGGUUUUGCGAGAACGGAAACUGUGUCAACACUCGCGGGAGCCACUCCUGCGUGUGCAGGACGGGAUAUUUACUGGACGCGUCUCACGGGAUCUGUGUCUCCCAGAAGGUCAUUUCGGAGGACAAGGGGCAGUGCUACCGCAUCGUGAGCCAGGGGACCUGCACCCUGCCCAUCCUGAGGAACAUCACCAAGCAGAUCUGCUGCUGCAGCCGAGUGGGCAAGGCCUGGGGCAGGAGCUGCGAGAAGUGCCCGUACUUCGGCUCGGAUGGCUUUAAGGAGAUCUGCCCAGCUGGGCCUGGAUACCAAUACUCAGCCUCGGCGAACAAUUUCCACCAGAGGGCGCAAGAGCAGCUGGGCACCGCGGGGGCCUCCCUCACCCCUCAGAGUAGACCCCAGCUGCCCUCCAGCGCAGGCAGCCACACAGCUCAGAGUAGACCCCAGCUGCCCUCCAGCGCAGGCAGCCACACAGCUCAGAGUAGACCCCAGCUGCCGUCCAGCGCAGGCAGCCACACAGCUCAGAGUAGACCCCAGCUGCCGUCCAGCGCAGGCAGCCACACAGCUCAGAGUAGACCCCAGCUGCCGUCCAGCGCAGGCAGCCACACAGCUCAGAGUAGACCCCAGCUGCCAUCCAGCACAGGCAGCCACACAGCUCAGAGUAGACCCCAGCAGCCAGCUGGCAGUGCCCAGGAAGCAGCAAUCCUUCCACAGCAAACCGGUGCCACGCGAAGUGAUGGACAGCCCAUUAGGCCCCUCCCCGUUCCAGCCACGCCCCGUCCAGCUCCACCCAGGCCAGCGCUACGUGCGUGUGAGGCCGACCCCCGGAUCUGUGGGUCGGGUCGGUGCGUGAACCUGCCGGACGGAAAGCACACCUGCGUUUGUAACCCUGGUUACCAGCUGAACGCCCAGCAGGGACGGUGCCAAGACGUGGACGAGUGCAGGAGAACUCCCCCACCCUGUGACCGCGGCCAGUGUCAGAACACAGACGGGGGGUACAGAUGCACCUGUCCCACAGGAUACCGGUCAGGACCCCUGGGCACCAGCUGCAUAGAUGUGAACGAGUGUGUCCAGACCCCGCGGCUCUGUUCCCCCGGCCAGUGCCAGAAUACCCCCGGAAGCUUCCGCUGCGCUUGUCCCGCUGGCUUCCAAAGCAGCCCGCAGCAAACGCAGUGUCUCGACGUAGACGAGUGUCGCCAGGCCCCCAGCCUCUGUGCCAACGGGCGCUGUGAGAACACCCUGGGCAGCUACAGGUGUGCGUGUUCCACUGGGUACAAGCUACAGGGCAACACCUGCGCAGACAUCAACGAGUGUGAGAGCCCUUUGCAGUGCCCUGGUCAGGAGUGUGUCAACUCCCAGGGUUCUUACAGGUGUGUCGCCUGUCAGCCAGGUUUUGACCUACUCAACAGAAAAUGCUCAGACAUAGACGAGUGUCGCAAAACACCCAGCCCCUGUGCCAGCGGGCGCUGCGAGAACACCCCUGGAAGCUACAGGUGUGUGUGCCCCACAGGGUACAGGCUACAGGGCAGCACCUGCACAGACAUUAACGAGUGUGAGGACCGGUCGCAGUGCCCUGGUCAGGAGUGUGUGAACUCCCAGGGUUCUUACAGGUGUGUCACCUGCAAGCCAGGCUUCAGGCUUCUCAACAGGAAGUGCUCAGACAUCGACGAAUGCCAGCAGGCCCCCAGCCCCUGUGCCAGUAACGGACGCUGUGAGAACACCCUCGGCAGCUACAGGUGUGUGUGUUCCACUGGGUACAAGCUACAGGGCAACACCUGCACAGACAUUAACGAGUGUGAGGACCCUUUGCAGUGCCCUGGUCAGGAGUGUGUGAACUCCCAGGGUUCUUACAGGUGUGUCACCUGUCAGCCAGGGUUCAACCUGCUUAACGGCCAAUGCUCAGACAUAGACGAGUGUCAACGAACCCGCAGCCUCUGUGCUAACGGGCGCUGUGAGAACACCCUGGGCAGCUACAGGUGUGCGUGUUCCACAGGGUACAAGCUACAGGCCAACACCUGCACAGACGUUAACGAGUGUGAGGACCCCCUGAGGUGCCCUGGCCAGGAGUGUGUGAACUCUCCUGGGUCGUACAGGUGUGUCGUCUGUCGGCCGGGCUUCAGCCUGCUCAACAGUAAAUGCGCAGAUGUCGACGAGUGUCACCAGACCCGCAACCCCUGUGCCAAUGGGCGCUGUGAGAACACCCUGGGCAGCUACAGGUGUGCGUGUUCCACCGGGUACAAGCUGCAGGGCAACACCUGCGCAGACAUCGAUGAGUGCCGCCAGUCUCCCGUCCCCUGUGCCAACGGGCGCUGUGAGAACACCCCUGGGAGCUACAGGUGUGCGUGUUCCACUGGGUACAAGCUACAAGGCAACACCUGCACAGACAUAGACGAGUGUCGCCAGGCCCCUAAUGCCUGUGCCAACGGGCGCUGUGAGAACACCCUGGGCAGCUACAGGUGUGCAUGUUCCACAGGGUACAAGCUACAGGGCAACACCUGCACAGACAUAGACGAGUGUCGCCAGACCCCCAAUGUCUGUGCCAACGGGCGCUGUGAGAACACCCUGGGCAGCUACAGGUGUGCGUGUUCCACUGGGUACAAGCUACAGGGCAGCACCUGCACAGACGUAGACGAGUGUCGCCAGACCCCUAAUGUCUGUGCCAAUGGGCGCUGUGAGAACACCCUCGGCAGCUACAGGUGUGCGUGUUCCACUGGGUACAAGCUACAGGGCAACACCUGCACAGACGUGGAUGAGUGUGAGAACGCCCUGCAGUGUCCGGGACAGGAGUGCUUUAACUCCCAGGGGUCCUUCAGCUGCUCCGCCUGCAAGCCAGGCUUCAGUCUCCAAAACAGGAAGUGCCAAGACGUGGACGAGUGCCAGCGGUUUCCCCCGCCGUGUGCGAACGGGCGCUGCCACAACAGCCCCGGGAGCUACCGGUGCGAGUGCCUCAGCGGGUUCCGGCUGCAGAAUAACACCUGCACAGACGUGGACGAGUGCGAGGACCCCCUGCAGUGCCCCGGUCAGGAGUGUGUGAACUCAGAGGGCUCCUACAUCUGCAUCCCCUGCAGGGUGGGCUACACCAUGCAGAACAGGAAGUGCUCCGACGUGGACGAGUGCCGGAACCCGCGGACCUGCAGCAGGGAGAGCCGCUGCGUGAACACGGACGGGUCGUACCGCUGCGAGUGCAACGCGGGCUUCAGGGCCUCGGGCCCCGGCAGGCAGUGCAGAGACAUCAACGAGUGUGUGGAGGGGGACGUCUGUUCGCCGCGAGGCGCGUGUGUGAACUCCGAGGGGUCCUACCACUGCGUGUGCUCUGAGGGCUACCAGCCGGCCGCUAACGGAACUCGCUGUGUGGAUGUGGACGAGUGUGCCCGGCCGGGGGUUUGCCAGGACGGGCGCUGCGCCAACACCGUCGGGUCCUUCCAGUGCCAGUGCCGGGAGGGAUUCGCCCCCAACCCGGAGAGGACAGCCUGCCUGGACGUGGACGAGUGCGCCGAGCUCGGCGGGACGGUGUGCCGCGGCCAGCGAUGUGAGAACUCCAUCGGCUCCUACCACUGCAUCACCACCUGCGAGCCCGGCUACCAGCUCACAGGCAGCGGGGAGUGUGUGGACAUCAACGAGUGCGCAAACAAGACGGUCUGCGGGGAGCACGCCUUCUGCCAGAACCUGAUCGGGACGUACCACUGCAUGUGCGACCAGGGCUACGAGGCCACCAGCGAUGACAGAGGCUGCGUGGAUGAGAAUGAGUGUGUUACCAUGCAGGGGGUGUGUGGAGCAGCGCGCUGUGAGAAUGUGGAGGGCUCCUUCCUGUGCGAGUGUCCCGGAGAGGACGAGGAGUUUGACCUGCGCACGGCGCGGUGCCGGGGCAGACCGCGGCCAGGUCACCCCAUGUUCCCCGGCAGUUCCUCCUCAUCCUCAUCCUCAUCCUCCAUCUCCGAACCGGAGUCUCAGCCCCGCCCAGACUCGAGCGUCCGCCUGCCCCCGCCCCGCCCGGGGGAGGCUCGGGAGUGCUACCACAGCACGCGGGAGCAGGGCUCCUGCAACACCAUCUCCCGCAACACCACCCACCAGGAGUGCUGCUGCACCAUCGGGGAGGCCUGGGGCCUGGACUGCCAGUUCUCUCCCUGCCCCACCCCGGGGUCAGCGGAGUACCAGGAGCUUUGCCCGAGCGGAAAGGGAUAUGUUACCACAGGACCGGGUGCUUUCAGCUACAGAGAUGUGGACGAGUGCAAAGUGUUCGACCCCCAGGUGUGCAAGAGCGGCGUGUGCGUCAACCACAUCCCCGGCUACUCCUGCUACUGCACCACAGGCUACUACUACGACACCGUCCUGCUGGAGUGCAUCGACAAUAACGAGUGUGAGCGGGGGGACUCGUGCGAGGGGGGCCUGUGUAUAAACACAGUGGGCUCAUACUUCUGCUCCUGUGAGCCGCCAUUGGUGCUGGACGAUACCCAACGCCGCUGCAUCAACUCCACCAGCCUGACCGUAGACGAGAACCUGGCCUUCUGCUGGCAGCACGUCACCGCCAGCCUGGUGUGCCAGAGCCCCCUGCUGGAGGGGCAGGUGACGUUCACCGAGUGCUGCUGUCUCUACGGAGAAGCCUGGGGGCUUCAGUGUGCCCUGUGUCCCGCCCGAGACUCAGAUGACUACGAGGCACUGUGCAGUGUCCUGAGGACCCCCGUCUACACCCCGCCUUUCACGGGACGGGGGUAUGGCCCCUCCCGGGGUCCCACCCCCGGGCGGGGAUAUGGCCUGCCCUAUGACCCCGAAUCAUACCCCGAGCCCUUGCCUCCGGGGCCUGACUACUUCCGCCCGGGCUAUGACGAUUAUCCACCACCAGGGGGCAGGAGACCUGGCUACGGCGGCAUACCCGUGGACCCUUACGGAGUGCGGGAGCCUCCUUACAGCCAACCAGGUGCCGGUCGUUACUAUGAAGAGGACUUUGACCCGCGCUUUGUGCCGUCCGAGUCCGACCUCAGGCCCCCUUUCCGAAUAGUGGACCCUCUCACUGAGCCGGCCUAUGGGGCCCGGCCCCGCCCCCCCAGCCGGGGCGACCCCAGGAGCCUGAGCCUCGCACCCCUCCCUGAAAACUAUGAGGAGGAUGAGGACGAAGACGAGCAGGGCCCGUCCGAGCCCUGGAGAAGCUUCCUACCCCGGGAGGCCCCGCCCUACCCAGACUUCUCGGAGGGGAGGCUCAGCGAUGGACUCCGGCGAGAUACCUAUGAGAGGCGGUAUGAGUCGUACGAGGGCCUCGGCGCGGAGGACUGCGGGAUCCUGCACGGGUGCGAGAACGGCCGCUGCAUCCGCGUGGCCGAGGGAUACACCUGCGACUGCUACGACGGCUACCACCUGGACAUGACCUCCAUGACCUGCAUAGAUAUAAACGAAUGCGAGGAGGCGGACGACCUUGCAGCAGAGUGUGUGAAUGGCCAGUGCGUCAACACUGACGGCUCCUACCGCUGCCUGUGCCUGCGUGGCUUCAUCAUGUCCCGACGGCCCAAUCACUGCAUCCGGUCCCGCCCCUGAGUCCCGCCCCCCUCGCCCCGGCACCCAGGAGCCCCGCCCCUGCUGCAGCAACCUCGCCCGGUGACUCCAGGUUCUGCCCUCAGCCCGCAAAUGUAUCUGAUCCUGGGGAAGAGCAGGACAGGGUUUGCCUUUUUAGCGAGAGAAAUGUCACAGGCUGUCCAGUUUUUCUUUUUUUUUUUACUUCAGGUGAUUUCCAUGUUGCAACAAGCUUUUGUGGACUGGAUUUCACUUGGCAAUAUGUCAUUGAUUAGAAUAUGAAAUGGCAGGAACUCAACACACACAUGUCCGUUCACUUCCUUUUAUGUUCUUAUGCCCAUAGUUGAGAAGUAGGUAAAAGCAUUUUGAGGGGAGAGAUGAGCAGCAGUUGGUCGGACACUCUGUCGGAAUGCUACACUGUUCUCUUCAGGGGGUCACCUGAUGUGUUGGCUGUUCGAGAGAAAGGAACGGGGUCAUCCGUUCAGUGAACGCUCCUGUAGGGUGAGUCACACGUAGACGCGAAAAGAAAGAAGACACGUCCAAUUACUUCAUCCAUCGGAUGGGGCUUUUAGGUCUAGUGUGCUCUUCGACACUGAAAUGGCCGCCUGCUUUUGGAGUUCGGCCACCGGAGGCGCUGUUUGAAAUUCAGCGUGCUCCCGCCGGUGUUACGAACAUUUGGCCUUGCCCGCCAGUGGGUUCUGAAAAAAGCCAGACAGUUUAAUGGAAAUAAUGAACCAAAUUUUUAGUAGUUAAGAUGUUGUUUUAAGUGACAUUAGGAUUUAAUAUGUUAUGUGGAAAUUAUAAGAAAUGAUGGUAACACCAACAUAGAUGUCUGUUUAUGUGUUAUUUUUCUAUUAAUUUAUGUUGUUUGUGUAACAUUAAGCUACUUUUUAAAUGCAAUAGCUAUGAGAACAGUAAUGUGAUAUAAAAAUACCAACUGCUAUGUGCAGGUGAAUUCAAUUCACAUUUUUAGAAAACUAAACUGGUUUUAAAAAAUUUCCAAAGGACAGACUUCUUGCAAAAAAUUGUUUGGUCACCAACUUUUCAAAAAACCAUGUCUUUUCUCUUAGGGAAAAGAAACAUCAGAAAGUUCAGGUGUGUAUAAAAUGAUUUUGAACAUUGGUUACGUUUGAAACCAAAGUUUAAGAAACAUUCACAUUUUUACUACAAUUCAAGUCAUACAAUAUGCACAGUAAACAUAUGCUGUAGAAUAUAUUUUUUAUCACAUGCACAUUCUGUUGUUAAAAGGCAAAUUAUUUUGUUUUCUUUCAUAUUUGUUCAGGAACAUUCCCAUUUUGUCAGCACCUAAAAAUAUAUAACACUAUGCACUGUAUUUGACUUAACUCUUCUGUAAAUUUUAUAUGGUGUUACUGAUAUAUGUGAUUUAUUUUUGUUUCGUUUUUUACGUGUAAAACAUUUUUUUAAAUGUAUUUGCACACAUUCCAUUUGUAUUGUAUUUUACUGGAAUUUUUAUAGGUGUAGCUUUGUACAUUUGUAAUUUUUCUUCUCAAAGAUAAAGAUGUAACCGGAA